AUAAAGUCAAGUUUAGUAGAUGGUGCACAAUCUCUAAAUCCAAGUGAGAAGUUUAUACAGUCACGUAAACCGUCAUGUAAAGCCAAAAUAUUACAUAGCGCUCAAAAGAAGCUCAUGAAAUUUGCUAAAGGUGGUGAGAUAGAAAAAGAAAACGUUCCAAAAACUUCUAUGAUAAAAAAUUGG